GCCUGUCCAAGAUGGAGGGCUCUCCACCCGCGCCGUUUGCCCUCCGGCUGCUCCUGCUCGCGGCGCUGCCGGCCGCCGGGUGGCUGAUGACCGUUACCCAUGAGCUGCCCCUGCCGCCCCGAGCCCCGAAGGACAGCCUCAGAAUUAAUGUAACUACCCUGAAAGAUGAUGGGGCUGUAUCUACAGAACAGGUUAUUCUUAACAUAACCUACGAGAGUGGACAGGUAUAUGUAAAUGACUUGCCUGUCAAUAGUGGUGUAACCCGAAUAAGCUGUCAGACUUGGAUAGUGAAGAAUGAAAAGCUGGAAAAUUUGGAGGAAAAAGAAUAUUUUGGAAUUGUCAGUGUAAGGAUUUUAGUUCAUGAGUGGCCUAUGACGUCUGGUUCCAGUUUGCAACUAAUUGUCAUUCAAGAAGAGGUAGUAGAGAUCGAUGGAAAACAAGCUCAACAAAAGGAUGUUACUGAAAUUGAUAUUUUAGUUAAGAACCAGGGAAUACUCAGACAUUCAAGCUAUAUCCUACCUUUGGAGGAAAGCAUGCUGUAUUCUCUUUCCCGAGACAGUGACAUUUUAUUUACCCUUCCUAACCUCUCCAAAAAAGUAGAAAGUGUUAGUUCAUUGCAGACCACCAGCCAGUAUCUUAUCAGGAAUGUGGAAACCACCGUAGAUGAAGAUGCUUUACCGGGCAAGUUACCUGAAACUCCUCUCAGGGCAGAGCCUCCAUCUACGUAUAAGGUGAUGUGUCAGUGGAUGGAGAAGUUCAGAAAAGAUCUGUGUAGAUUCUGGAGCAGUGUUUUUCCAGUGUUUUUUAUGUUUCUGAACGUCAUGGUGGUUGGAAUUCUAGGAGCAGCUGUGGUAAUAACCAUCUUAAAGGUGCUUUUCCCAGUUUGUGAAUACAAAGGAAUUCUUCAAUUGGAUAAAGCAAAUGUUAUACCUGUGACAGCUAUCAACUUAUUUCCAGAUGCUACUGAGAAAAGAGCAAAAAACCCUGAAGAUAAAACAUGUGUUUAAAUCAAAUCAUGGACUCUGAAUUAGUCUUUUGGCUCUAAAUUUGCCACUUGAAUAGAAUUUUCUUUAAAUCAUUAAGAAUCAGUUUAUACACCAGGGAAAUUGCUAAACUCCUAAAACUGCCUAAAACUUGACCUUUAAAGUGACAAGUUAAAGUUCACCUUAGUCUAUAACAGGGCCGGCUAUUCAGAUGAUGAACUGUUAAGAAAAACCUAAAUGAAGCAGAAGAGAAGACGUGAAGAAACUUCCAAAUUACAAAAAAAAAACAAAGGGAGCAAGACGAAAUGCCAUGUGCCAAUACUUUUCAAGGUGCCUUUGUAAAGGAAAUUAUAUCCACUUAAUUACUAUAAUAUA